CCAAACCGCGCAGUCUUCAACGACGGCCGUGCGUGCGCGCAUCUUCACACGCCUGUACCCGCGGCGGUUCGAUCUCACGGAGCGGUUUGAAAGUGUUCGUAUGAAAGUGCAUUUUUAUGUGUUCAGUGAUUCUGCAAUUGACUGUGUAUUUGUGAAACAAGACAUUUUGAUUUAGGUGACGCAUUUGUAACUGGAAUCGACAGACCACACAUAAAGCGAUUUAACAUGCGGUGGAAGGGAGAAGAUUCCGGCACAAAAAUGAUAUCAAGACUCUUCCUGUUUUUCCUGAUUUUGGCCAUCGGUGACUGCGAUGGAGCACGAAGACAAGCCCAACGACGAAAGGACACUGCACGUUCUCCCGAACUAUACCUGCCAGCGCCGAGCGCGGAGAGCUUGCAGGCUAUAGCACAGGCUAUGAACGCCGCCGGCUUCGAGGCUAUAACUGAAGGCAAGGCUUUGGUCAAGCGGCUUAUACCUGCUGACAGCCAGCCUGACCUGGACGUUGUCGAGUAUCAAGGAGUGAUCGGCAAAGCUGGCGUGGACUUCCCGGCGUAUCCCAACAUCCCGAGCACCGGCUUCAACUGCAAGAACGUGCCCACAGGAUACUAUGCGGACUUGGAGACUGAUUGCCAGGUUUUCCACAUCUGUGACACAUCGCGCAAAAUCUCGUUCCUAUGUCCUAACGGCACCAUCUUCAGCCAGUCGCAUCUCAUCUGUGACUGGUGGUUCAAGGUGGACUGCGCCUCCGCUCCCGCCCUCUACGAGUCCAGCGCCGAAUAUUACUCAAACGAGCAAAAGAAAUCCCAAAAAAUUACACAAAGCCUAAGCAAGAACGCAGACCUUCAACAAAUCGGUAGCGAUACGAACCUCAGAACAGAAACGAGAAGAACUUCUGCCAAUAUCCCUACAGCAACUGAACGCUUACUUAGACACAGACAAAGACUUCAAUCUUCGGGCGAUGCUCAGCUACCUAUCUCUAAAGCCACGUCCAGAAGCUACCAAGCCCUGUUCGAUUUCAACCCGACACAAAGAACUCAAGCUACAACUGCUUUCGAAAAGAGAAGAAAGAACUUAGUGCAGCUGAUUACAAAUGGAUUUGGGAAUGGACCAGACAGAAGCACUCAGCCUACGUACACAGAGGCACCAUCGUACAGAUCUACACAAGCUACGUUAGAUCAUAAUAACCUACGAGAAAUGCAAGUGGCUGCUGAAACUGCUUCGUUUACAAACAAUAAUAACAGACAAUUCUUACAAGAAUACAAUAGCAAAAAUUUUAGGCCGUACCCAGUUUACACUCCAAACUUAACGACAAGACAACCAAAAGCCAAAAGCAAUCCGAAUCUGACUUCUUUAUAUGAUAUUCGUGACCAAACUUUAGGUCAGACACAAGCUGAGACAACUACCACUAAAAGACAAGUGUGGUUCCACGACUCCACUACCAAACGACCAACUUUGAUGCCGUAUACUAAAGCUUACACAACCAACACCUACGAUAAGAAAGAUCCUUAUACAAGGCCUGGAGUAUCUCUACUGAAAGAUUUCUUAAAUAAAAAGAAAAAUGAAACAUUGACAACAACCACUGAAAAAGUCAAACAAGCCACUGAACGAAGCUUCUACAAAACCAAUAUUGAUAAUAAAGUCUCAAUUGAAACUAAAAAUUCAUUUGAAUCAGCUACCAAAAUACCAGAAACUACACGAAAUGAAUUCACACAAUCAAGUGAACCAUCAAUUGCUACCAGUCGAUCAGAUACGUAUACAUAUUUACCACAAAUUACGACUGAACCAUAUCAAGAAAGACGAGACAGACUCAUUAGGAAACUGAACUUUGAAUCAGUGUAUGGCACUACCCCUACACCGCCAACGCUCAAUACAGAAAAAUUCUACGGAGAUCAGCCCAACAGACCAGGUCUUGUGGUUCCACCUUCUUUGACUCCUAAGACUCUGCAUAGUCUGGCAAUUUAUUACGCAACAGCAUUGGAUAAUUUAUCAACUACUCCACCACCCGAAGAAGAAACUCAAACCACGUCACCGCCUUUCGAUGAAUAUGGCGAUCAUACUCUCGAAGACUCUUUGCCAGCGUUAUUUAGCCGACACACCAUCAACAAAUACAGUAACCUAUUUAGUAAUGGAAAACAAAAUGCAGAUUUAUUAGAAGAAAUAAAGUCGGACCCUAACGGAACGUAUAAUGAGUUAGUCGAUGAUUUGACUGUUCAACAGAGUCAAAAUCCUCUGGCAACUUCUCCUCAGAUAAGAGAAUUAGCUCAAGUGUUCACGCACGCACUUUCAGCAUAUCUUCAGGAUCCUGUACAGUUCAGGAAGGCAUUGUCUGAAAUAAGACCUACUCAACCCACAUUUGGCGAUGUAACAACCGAAGAAUCGGUUAAUACAGAGCCAACUACAACUGUCAAUGAAGAUGAUGAUGAAAUCCUUGGUUUCUCAGACGACAAUAAAAUAUCAAGACCAUCUUUAGUUUCGCUUAGAGAUGCUAAGGCCCUUAAACUGUCUACGCCAUACCCAUUAAGCUCCGAAACAGUAGCAACUCAAACAGAACAACGACUUUCUAGUACUGAAACAGUACCUAACACUUACCCAACUACUCCCAGAAGUCCCUUCAGAUGCUGUGGUAGAAUUUCGGCUUCAUACACCACCCCAACCGCUACCGCACCAGUUAGUUACACUAACAUUGUGAAUGCAAAAAGUUUUGGUUUAAGAAGUAAUGACAACCAAGACUCUAUUACCUCCACUGAAAGUACUUAUACGGCUCCAAGUUACAUAGGAAACCGUAAUAACAUCAAUGACUCUCCUUAUGGACAAGGUGUAAACCCUAUAGAAUCGAAACCACUAAAUGAAUAUAUUGAAGCGACCAAUUUACCUACCGCAUGGGGAAUUGAUACUUCAGAAACAACAAUUUCACCUAUUACUAAUGCACAUGCAAAUACAUUCGAAAGCAAGAAAAUAAAGGCGGUGACAUAUAUUCCAACAACCACAGCUGUUUAUUUCACUGAAAACGAUAGCGUUGAAUUAGAAAAUGAGGAAGAACUACAACGAGCGCAUAGUCAAUCUUUCUUGAGCCCACAGGACAAUGCUAUCGGUAAUCGUCAAGGUAAAAAACUUAAUUUAGAAGGAGAAGCAUUUAAAAAGCCUUCUGAAGAAUUAGAAGCACCAACUCUUCCAGACAGUGAGGCAACCACGUUUAGAACCACGACUCAGUCUCCUUCUACAACAACUACUAAAACAGAAGAGCAAGAAAUCGCUACAACAGUAUCUCCUACAGUUGAUAAUACGUAUACAUCACCAGAUAGUGAGAAAACCACAAAUUAUCUCACCUGGUCAAGCACUUAUGGAACUUGGCACAGUACCGUUGUAGAUCCCAUUACUGUGAACGAUGGUUUGAGCCAAACAACUGCUGAGGAAUCUGCCCAAGGCACACGACAAACUGCGAGUUGGGACAUCAGCACUGUUACUACAACGGCAUCACCAAUAUACACAGGAUCGUAUGAACAAACCGUAUCACCAUCAUCAAACGUCGAACUGUCAACACCAUCUAGUAUAACUGACGAUCGAUUUGGCAGAUUCUUAAGAGAACAGACUUCCACUGAACCAGGUCAAGACAUAUCUACUAUUGCUGAUACAGUAGUGGAAAAGGCAAAAGAAAUAAUGAACUCUACAACCACGGAAAAGCUUAUGAACGUAAUGAAGAAAACGAAAUCAAAGACAGUAAAAAGAUUGAUCCUUCUAUUAGUCCAAACAUGCGAUGAUGAUCACAAUACGACUGCUGAAGCGUCCAAGAGAGCUUUACUUGAAGCCUUAAUGGCAGUUUCUCAGAAAGACAUGGAUGAAAUUGCUAAAGAAGAACUUGAGGAAAUUCCUUUAACAACUGUGGACUAUGAAUCUGUAACGACGGAAGAAAAGAGAAGUGAUAGACGAAGAGCUAAGAGCCUGAACUUCGACGCGAGUGCAAUCAAUUCUCUUUCGAAUCCAUCGACGACGGAGUAUAUUAGAACUACUGUUACAACUACAACCGAAGCUCCAACGGAAACUGUACCAGUAACAAUAACCACUACAACUAGAAGUCCAUUCAGAAGGGGUGCUAAGAAAUUCCAAGUGAAAACAACGCAACCUGAUAUUAGAGUGACACGAGCUCCUUUUGUUGAUAUCCCUAAAGCAGAAGCCAGGGUUGCGCCAAAUGGUCCCGAACUAAAAGGAGCCUCUGAUACCAGAGCCUUAGAAUUAUUAAGGUCUUUGUACACGAUCGCGGCGAGAUGGGGUUGAAAAUUAUGAGUUGUUAAAUUAUUGGACUUUCGAAUUUAUAUUUAGGGGAACUGAUCGUAUAAGUGUAAACUAGGUCUAAAAUACUCAACCAUCGUUCCAAAAGCCCUAAAUAUAAAUACAUUUUUUAAUGUAAUUGUGAUCUUUGUACAUAGUAUUUGGUUUUCGUCACAAAAUUAGAACUGAUGAUAUAUAUUUUUCUCUUGAUAAUGUGACUUGUAAUAUAAGAAACAACUCUAGUGAAGUAAUUGGCUAGAAACAAUUUCAUUCCAGUUACUAAAAUUAUGUAAGUGUUGUUGUCAUAUUUGUAUUAAAAAUAAACUUCUACACAUAGACUAAAUAUAAACUUUCUAUUGUUAUUUUUUAAGCGAACAAGUAUCAAAAAUUAUGAAAUGUGUGUUCGUACUAUACGAGAUUUUAUACAAUACAUAAUAUAGUUAACUUAUUAUGUUUGUUACUAUAUGUACUAGAAUAAUUUGUAUUUUCCUAUUUUUAAGGAAACCUAGCCUAACUACGGGUCGGUUGGGAGCUGACACGUCAAACAUAGUCUGUCUCUGUCGCAUGUAGGAAUGCUACAAGCGAAUGACAAAAACUAUAAUUACUGUCAGUUUUUGUUUUGACAAGGGCGUGUGCGAUAUUCCUGCAACACAGGCGCCUUCAUUAUGCAAGAUAAUAUGGGUGCUUAGUCUCCUGACUAAAUGACCUGAUUCACAACUUGCUGAUAAAGUAAUAACCUUUAAUAAUAUUAUAACAUUAUAGAACAGAUAGUUCAAAAAUGUUUUAUAAAUGUUGGACAGGGUUAACUGGCAAAUAACGCGAAGCAUAGUUAUCUAGAAGUUAAGUUUGUCUGUCAGAUUACAAUAUGAUAUUUUUAGAAAAGUAAAUAAAUAUUGGAAAAAUAAACAUUUUAAAAUCAAAAACACAAAUUAAUAGUUAAACAUAAAAAAAUUGACUACUACAUUGUAAAUGCUAUAAAGUAGGUAAUUAUAAAAUUAGAAACGAUUACGGACGAAAGUGGUAUAUUUUUCGUUAUAUAAAAUUCAUUGGAACACGAAAAAAACGUGGGCGAAGCCGCAGACAAAAGCUAGUACACAACAUAAUAGGAAUAUUGCACAUGGCUGUUAGCAAACCGACCUAUACUGAGUUACCUACAUCUAAUGUACCCUAGUGUUAGUUUUCACUGCCACAUUUAUUGUAAUAUACUAUUUGUAAGUACUACUAGAUGUAAUAUAAAUACAGUUAGUAAUUUUUUU